AUGAUGAAAGUUUGUGUUAUUUUAUUAAUAUUUUUAUUUUUUGUAAAUUCUAUAAAUUAUGGAAAAUCAAAAAAACGAUCAUUUUAUAGAGAUUUUGAUAUUCAAAAAAAUUUUAAUCCUGCACUUAUUUUAAAUUAUGAUUAUUUAACAGAACCAUUAUCUGAAAGUCCCAUAACAUCAACUUCUUUUGAUAUCAAUAUUGCUGUUCCACAACACAAAUUACAUGCUUGUGUUAUUGGAAAAAAUUUUAGUAAUAUGCUUUGGUCUGUCUUUUGUUAUCUUUAUAAUUCAAAGAUCUUCCAAAGUAGACAUAAAAGUUUAAGAGAUAACUAUUGGUCAAAAAAUAUUUGUUCUAAAAGUAUUGUUGAAAGCUCUUUUAAAAAAACGGCAAUUAAAUUUAAUAAAAAAAGAAUUAUUAGAUUUGGUAGAGAAUGGAAACAUAUAAUGAUAGUAAGGCAUCCUGUUGAUAGAUUUAUAAGUGCAUUUACUCAUUUUUGUUUAAAAAAACCAAAUGAAUUAAAUAAUAAUAAAGUAUGUUUUACCUGUGGAAGUGAUAUGAAAUGUUUACUAAAUAAUAUAUACUAUAAAAUGGAAUUAUAUAUUAAAACAAAUCAAAAAUCAAAUAAUGCUUUAAUUUACAAUUUUUUUCCACAGACAUGGCAAUGCCAAUAUUCUGAUUAUAAAAAGUUCUACACUAUUUUACAGUAUAACUCUUCAAAUCUUGAACCAUUUUAUGAAAACUUUAUAUCAAUUUUAGAAAAACAAGGUAUUUCAGAAGGUAUUGUUACCUAUAUUAACAAUGAAAUAAGAAAUACCACAUCACUUCAUCCCAAAAAACAUUAUGAUAAUAUCAACUAUUAUAAAAAAGAAUUGUAUAAUGAUCCAUAUUUAUUGAGAAUGAUUUCAAUAGUGUAUUACAAUGAUUUCAAAGAAUUUAAUUUUGAUUUACCAUUGCCAAAAAUUAAAAUUUAG